AUGUCAUCUCAAACUCGUCAACUACUGGUUGAGAGGGGUCCCCAUCAAAUUGAAGAAUUCGAGUUUCCUAUUAAUAAAGGAAAGCGUAGAUUUUUGUCCUCGUAUUAUUCGAAAGUGUUGAGCAAUGGUGAAGUCGUUGAGAGAAGUUGGCUUAUUUACUCUAUUGCAAGUGAUGCUGUUUUUUGCUUUUGUUGUAUAUUAUUUGAUAAUUCGUCUGAUAUUAGUGACUGGCCCAAAAAAGGCUAUUCUGACUGGAAAAAUCUUAUAAGAGCCCUCACAAUGCACGAAAAGUCUGUAAAUCACAGAAAUGCUUUUAGAGCAUGGAAAGAAUUGGACAUUCGAUUGAAGCAGAAAAAAACUAUUGACGCUGAAUAUCAACGAAUUACGGAUAUGGAACUUCAGCAUUGGAGAGGAGUUAUAAAAAGAAUUAUGUCAAUAAUUAAACUAUUGGCCUCACAAUGUUUAGCUUUUCGUGGAUCAACUGAACAUUUGUUUCAACCUAAUAACGGGAACUUCCUAAAGUUGGUAGAAUUACUUUCUGAGUUUGAUCCAGUUAUGGAAGAACAUAUCAGGAGAGUUCAACGAGAGUCUGAUAAAUGUGAUUCAACCGGAGAAGGUUUGGCAAAACUUAUUCUGACACAUUUGGAAAAAUUAGGUUUUGAGUUAAAGUGGUUUAGGGGACAAGGCUAUGACAACGGAGCCAAUAUGAAAAGAGCAAGCAGAAUAGAUGCUUUAAAACCUUUACGAUUUCAACUUUGCGAAAUCUAUGAUGCAUUGAUUCUGAUAAUAGAAGACGUCAAUAGAGAUGCAGAAACUAAAGUUAAAGCGAGAGGGUUAGCAAAAAAUAUUAAAAAUUACAAGUUUAUAUGUGGAGUAAUUUUUUGGCAUGAUAUUUUGUUUGAAAUUAAUUCAGUUUCGAAGCUUUUGCAAUCUGUUACUAUAAAUAUAUCAGAUUGUGUAAGGAUGCUAUCAGAAACCAUAAAAAAAGUGAAAAGUUAUAGACAAUCUGGAUAUAUUCAGAUGAAAAUUGCUGCAAAGGAGAUAGCAGAGAAUCUCGAAUGCAGUACAGAAUUUCCUGAUGACACUGAAGUUAGACCCAGAAGGAAAAAGCGUCAAUUUGACUAUGAAAAAGCUGUCGAUGAACCCUUAACAGAGGAGAAAAAAUUUAAAAUAAACUUUUUCAACUAUAUUCUGGACAUUACCCUUAAUUCUCUGAAUGAACGAUUCACGCUUCUGGAAACCCAUAGCAAAAAAUUUCAGUUCUUAUAUGACAUUUUAAAACUCAAGGAUAUAGAUGACAAAACGCUAGAAAAUUAUUGUUCCAGUCUUGAGUUUAUACUUUCGGUUGAAAAUGAAACAGAUAUAAAUGCAAAUGAUCUUAGAGAAGAAUUGCGUGAUGUAUCCAGAAUGCUACCAUAUUUUACGAAACCUUGGGAUGUUUUAAAUUAUUUAUACCAAAAUAGCUUAAUUAGUUUGUAUCCAAAUACUGUUGUAGCUCUGAGAAUUUUAUUAACUCUCCCUGUAUCUGUAGCUAGUGGGGAAAGAAGUUUCUCCAAAUUAAAAUUAAUAAAAAACUACUUAAGAAGUUCAAUAGGAUAA